CAGAAGCAGCUUAACACUAGCAUUAUCUUGUCUAACUUUCAAACUAUUCCAAUGACGUCAGAAUUAGGAGCGAUAUCUAAUAAUGAUACCCUAAGGUCUUUCGAACUGAUAAUGAACAAUUCAGCAAGUGAUUCAGUAUUUCUCAUUCGGGUUUUUUCUUCACCCUCCGUUGAAUCUACCUUUGAUACUAUGUGUAGUAAAUCAUUUACAGGUGGUGUAAUUAACGUCGUGGCGAUGGAUGACGCACAGACUUUAGCACGACAGCUUAUGUAUGGACUUGGAAUAAAUUUAGGAUUCAUUAAUCUUACCUCAGCUUCUUGCAAAUGUCAAGCACAGACUGUGUGUAUGAUGGCUGACACAAGCUCGCAGAACCCAAUUAGCAUUAGCGUGUCUAACUGCAAUAUCAACAAAUUCAAUCAACGAGAGAAGUCCUGCUUAAUGGAUUCACAGUUACCUUACCCUGCUACCUGUGGAAAUGGACUUGUUGAAGUCAAUGAACAAUGUGAUUGCCUGCCAGAUGAUUCAGAAUGUAAAAUGUGCUGCGAGAACUGCUCAUUCCGCACAGGCGCAGAAUGCUCUAGUGGUGCCUGCUGUUUAAAUUGCCAAUUUCGGAUAAGUGAGCAGUGCCAAAAUUGCAAACCGCCUUCCGGUUGCGCUGAAAAUCAGCGUGGAUGUAAUUCGUGGGAUUGCGUUUGUAAAAAUGUUAUUGGAAAAGAAGCUAUAGCAGCUUCAACUGAAUGUCUCGACGAACUUCAAGCUGAUGCCUCUAGUGCCUUUUGUGGAAUAACUCCAAAUUGUUCUAUAUUACUUACUGAAUGUGAUAUCGUGCUCUGUGUGGCUGAUGAGGUCGCCCUUCCAGUUGCCCAGUCACUCAAAAUAGCAAAUGUUUCAAUUUCGGGAUCUCCAACGUGCAGCAAUUUGUACGCUGUAGGAAGUGCAGUAACCGAUGGUCUUCCCCCAACCGAUGGUAUGGUUUGUCAAGUCAAUGGUAUAUGUGUUUCUGGAAAAUGUGACACUCAGGGUAGAUUGCUAUGUAAUGACAAUGAAGGAACAAUUUGCUCAAACAAUGGGAAAUGUGACAAAAAAACUAACAAGUGCCUUUGUGAAUGUGAAUGGACAGGACGUUUAUGUAAUACGCUUAUACCAGAGAGUAAGAGGAAGUGUCCUGUAUCAGGCAAUACAGAAAACAAUGCGACAGGUAUUCAGACAACACACAUCAUUGCAGCGUUUAUCGGCAUCGUUUUUGCUGCAGCAGUCGUUUCUGGUGCUACGUCUGUUGGAUACAAAAGAUUACAAAAAAGGAACAGACUUCAAACAAAACAUGAACGGAAUAUGCUAAGGUAA